AUGUCCUAUAACAACAAGCGGCUUCCAAAGCGGACCAUCCUCGUACGUCACGGCGAAUCUGAAGGGAACCUCGACACGGCCGUAUGCAUAUACGACAACACCAGAUCAAAAGACCAGUUAACAUAUUCCGGCCUGCUUCAGGCACAUGAGGCAGGAGCUCGUCACCACGCCUUGAUCUCCUCCAACAGGUCUUCACCUAGUGGCGUGUCUACUUCUAUAUUUGUCCAUAUGAUCGGACGCGAUCUAUGCUCCGGGAGAUUGAACGGUCGUUCUAGCGUCGUCGUGUCUUUUGGUGUUCGUGAAGAAUGUCGUAUUAGGGAACAAAAGAAUUAA